UAAUUAAUAAAUUAAUCAAUUUAUAAAAUUAAUUAUUUCGUAGAUAAUUUUGUUCGACAUUAAUAUUUAAUUUGAAUUAUUAUUGAUGUCCAUGAGACAAGACAUUUAUUAAAUAUAAAACAAGUUGAUAAAAAAAAAUUUCAAGUGUUUUUACUGUAAAAUGUGACUCUGGUGUUGUUGUAAUCCUGCUCGGAUUCCGAGUUGAUGAGAUUUGUAAAGAGUGAAAUAAUAAAUAAGUAAAAUAUAAAAGGAUUUAAUUGAAUUUUUAAAAAAAAAGUUGGUGCGUUUCAACUGACAUUGAGUUUCCUGGUGAGUGCAUCCUCACAUACAUGGAGUUUCAGCUGGAUAGCGCGGAAUACUGCCAGGCUCAACACAAAUAGAGAGACACGUCCCGUACGUCCUAACAUCAUUGACUAGAUACUUUUUUUUUGUUUUGUUGAGAGGAACAGAUUAAAUACGAAGAAAAGUGAGAGAGCGAGCGUGAAAGAGAGAGAGAGAAAGAACGAAGAACAAUUGAGAAAAUAUCGAAUUACAACAUCUCAAGUAUUUAGAUCACGAUCAGAGAGCCUGUUAAAUAAAAUCAUCAACUAGUCAUCACUGCAAGAAAUAGAUAAAAAUUAAUUAGAUAAAUUUUAAACUUUCAUUGUCAUCAUAUGCAGACUUCGUAGUUACUGCGUGCGCCUUGUCAUUAAGGAGCACCCAGUGCCAAAUAGAUAAUCUUCCGAAUAGCGCAUAUCACCGUCUAAUGUAACGUAACUAACAAGUUUAAGCGAAUUUCGCGCCCCUAAAAACCCUUCCCGAGGUCUACAUGUGAGAAUCCAUCGUUCUAUCCUCUGUAAAAAAAUAAAAAUUAUUUAAAAUUGAUUAUUAGUUGAAUUGAAGAUUUAAAUAAUAAAUAAAAUAAAUAAUUAAUUAAAACAAAUAAAAAAAAAUUAUAAGACUGACAUCUAAUGGGCUAAAUUGUCAAAUCCAGCCAUUGACACGGUGCAGUUUAAAUUUAAAAUAAACUUUUCAACACAGCGGGAACCAGCUAUUUUUUUAUCAAUUACAAUCAUAAAUAAAUAAAUAAAAGAAGAAGAAGAAGAGAUAAAAAAUUAAAUUUAUAUUUAUUAUUACAAUAAUUUUUUCUUCAGUUUAUUCUGUGAAAAAAAAUAUUUUGAACCCGUGUUGUUUAAAAGGAAAUGAGCAACAUGAGAGUUAAAGAUAUCAGACCGGCACCUGCCGAAAUUGAAUACAAAAAUAUGAAAUUCCUUAUUACUGAUCGGCCCAAUGAUCAGACCAUUCAUACCUUUAUCCAAGAACUGAAGAAGCACAAUGUGAAAGAGGUAGUGAGGGUCUGUGAACCAACGUACAAAGUUGAAGAGCUUAAAACUGAAGGGAUAAAUGUUUUAGAUUUGGUUUUUGAUGACGGUACAUUUCCACCAAAUGAGGUGGUUGAUGAGUGGUUCGAGUUAUUAAAAAACCGAUUCCGUGAGACACCCGAGGCAUGUGUAGCGGUACACUGUGUCGCUGGACUGGGUCGAGCGCCUGUGUUAGUAGCACUUGCUCUAAUUGAACUUGGACUAAAGUACGAGGAUGCCGUUGCUCUUAUCAGAGAGAAGAGACGAGGAGCCAUUAAUUCAAAACAAUUAGCGUACUUGGAGAAAUAUCGUCCAAAGUCUCGACUUAAACUCAAGAACGGCCAGAAGAACUCGUGCUGCGUCCAAUAGAAACUUUUUUCUUUUUUAAAAGCGGGGUUCUCUUCAAAAAUAAUAACAAUAAUUAAAGAAGUAACUAAAUAAUUGAUAAUUGGCAAAAAAAGUAAACUAAUUUUACAUUAAUUGCACACAUACACACGUGACAAGUGACGUAUUGUACCGAUUAUUUAUAUAUUUAUAUAAAUAUAUAUACAUAUAUAUCUUCUUAACGGCCUACCAAUGGAAAUGCAACUGGCUAUUGCCAAUGAAAUUUUUGUAAAUUAAAUCUUUCAUAAAUUUGUAUAUUUUAUUUUAUUAUUAUAUUUUAAAAUAAUAUAAAUAAUUAUAAACUUCAAUAAUGAUUUUAAAAAACAUAAAUAAAAUACAAACUUAAUUUUUUGAUACUUCUGUAUCCUAUUGCACAUUUAAUUUAUUUUAUAUCAUUUAAAAUAAAUUCAUAUCGCGGUUUUUAUGUACACAUAAAUUACUCAAUAUCCGCAAUAGUAAUUGACAAAAAAAAUUAUAUAUAAAAUUAAUUUUAAAUAAAUUAUUUGUACAUUAUCGCACCUGUCCAAUAUAAAUCAUAAAUUGUAUUUGUCGUGGUUGAUAUUUUAAAAUAAUUUAACUUUAAUUUAAAUAAAUAAAUCAAUUAAUUAAUUAAUUAACUACUUAAUAAUCUCAUUGCCAUGACAAUACUUAGAAAAAAAAUCCUCGACAAUAAGAUGAAAUUAAUUAACAAAAAAAAAACCUCGAGCAGUACAUUAAUUAAUUAAUUAAAUAGCAAUACAAUUAUCCGUUAGACUUUAAUAAAAAGUCUUAAAUUGUGCAAUUUAUCACCAAAACAUCACAAUAAAUAAUUAUAUAAAUAUAUAUAUAAAUAUAUAGAUAGUCAAAUUUUUUUAAAUGUCUCGAGGUUUUUUUUUAUUUGUAAUUUAGUUUAAUUAAUUAAUUUAAUUUUAAUUAGUCGUUGCAUUUCCACUGGCAUGCCGAUGGAUUUUCUUAAAACUCUCUAUUGGAUCUGGAUUCUGCAUUCUCGAUCAACUUGUUUUUUAAAAUGUCGAAAAUUUAUCAACUCUAUAUAAUAAUAUUUAUUAUUAUUAUAUAAAAAUAUAUAUCACUUUUAAUUAAAUCGUAGCUCAAUGGCAAUUUUAUGAAAGCUAUUAAAAGUUAAAAAAAAAAAAAACAAGCGAAUCAGAUCCCCGUUCGAUAAAUUUUUGAAACUACGACUGCACCUUUUUAAUAAAUAAUAAAAAAUGAUAAAAAUGAUUGUAAGUUUUGUAAAAUUGUCAGUGACGCUGUGCGCCACGCAAAACUGUGUUCAAAAAAAAAUAAAAAUCGAAACUUAAAUAUAAAUUUCACUUAAAAUCUACAUCUUGAUAAUAAAACUUGUCUUUUGCUGUGAAUGUACAAUAUAUAUUUAAAUAAAUAUAAACGUAUUUUCUGGUCAACUAGUA